CAAACGUCAAAAUGAUUCGCUCAACGAGGAAGAGGAGUAUGAAUACAUGCGUCUUCUAAUACAGACCUGAGGGUUUUGUGGUGCUCUCUGCAGUCUGCGACUGAUCAGACAAAAGUCACCGGGCUGUGCGUGUGUGUGUGCGUGCGUGCGUGCGUGUGCGUAUUCGCAGCGGGGAUCUAUCGCCUUCCUGCAGUGUCAGGGCUGGAGUUCCAAUCUGUCCGGAGAUAAAGUCAGAGCAGCGUGGAGCGGAGAGAAGUGAGUUGGAGGAUUUUCAGACCAAAGCACAACCAAAAGUACUUGGGAAACAUGCCGAGGUCUUUCCUGGUGAAGAGUAAAAGGGCCCACAGCUACCACCAACCCCGGGACUUGGACGACGACUUUAGCAGACUGGACACUAUUCUGGCUAACGUGUGCACAGAGUCCGAAUCUCCGGCGGAGUUUGAGUCCAACUCGGCGUCUCAGGAGGAUGGGAGCGCCGGAGCUCACAGAACAACCAGCGGGUCCAGGCUGCUGUCCCAAGUGUCGCUCUCCUCCAGCCCCCCGCUCAGCUGCACCGGCAGCGCGUGUGACCGAUCCUCCGACUGUGAUUUCUGGCGUCCCCCGUCUCCAUCCUCCUCACCAGAUUCCGAUGAAUGCUCCACUCCCUCAGCGGAGGACGGCCACCGCUUCAACCUCCCCAUCUUCCCCUACUCGUGGGCGGCGUACUCCGGCACUGCGCUGAGGCAUCUCGUUCAGGGGCCGUAUUCCCGCCACCCCCGGGGCCACAGGGAGUCCCCGGUCAGCAUCUACGCCGUAGAGGACAGCGGUGCCAAGCCGCUUUACGCACAGCGGGGCCCGGUCGCCGGAUCCUACAAGGACUUUUCUUCAACGUCCCACAAAAUCUGCAGGAUGCGCGAUGCAGCCGAGCUGUAUGUGGAUGUAAAGCAGGAGUCCCGCGCUGCAGAGAUCAAGUCAGAAAACGAUUUUAUUUGCUCAAACGAGUCAAGUGGAUCCUAUAAGUGCAUUAAAUGUUGCAAGGUAUUCUCCACGCCUCACGGGUUGGAGGUUCACGUGCGGCGCACGCACAGCGGGACGCGGCCGUUUGAGUGUGUGAUUUGCGGGAAAACCUUUGGACACGCAGUGAGCCUGGAGCAGCACACAGCGGUUCACUCGCAGGAGAGGAGCUUCAGCUGUAAAAUAUGCAACAAAAGCUUCAAGCGCUCAUCGACGCUGUCCACGCACCUGCUCAUCCACUCGGACACGCGCCCGUAUCCGUGUCAGUACUGCGGGAAGCGGUUCCACCAAAAGUCAGACAUGAAAAAACACACCUUCAUCCACACAGGUGAGAAGCCGCACAAGUGUCAGGUGUGCGGGAAGGCCUUCAGUCAGAGCUCCAACCUCAUCACGCACAGCAGGAAACACACCGGGUUCAAGCCUUUCGGCUGCGACCUCUGCGGGAAAGGUUUCCAGAGAAAGGUGGACCUGCGGAGACACAAGGAGACGCAGCACGGACUCAAAUGAGCAGACUUCGAUGCUUUAGCAGCGAAUCUUGCACUUUUAUUGUAUUGUGACUAAUCAUAGUCGUGUUUUAUUUUAUUAUAUUGGUUGUUGCAUUGUUCUAAUUUUCCCUAUAUGAUUGAAUGUAGUGAAUUAUUUAGCCUGAAUUUUUUGGUUGAUUUAAAUGAAAUAAAAGUGUAUUUAUUGUGUUUUUACCUUCAUAAUAUUCACAGAAGCACAACCUUUUGACUGUUAACAUCGAUUUACAAAAAUAAAUGUUUAUUAAUAAUGAAUUAUCACUUAUAAAUGAUCCAAUCUA